AUGAUGCGGUUGUCAUUCGCAAAGCCGCUGCUCCUGCUCGGCUCUCUGGCCGCCUAUCUUACCACCCCCGUCAUGGCCGCCGAGCAGUUGCUGCAGUCCAACUCACUCAACACUUGUCAGGAUGACUCGAGUUUCACGGCCAGUCUGUUCAACGUCGUCUUCACCCCUAGCAACGGGAGUGCUGCCAUUAACAUUGUUGCCGUUUCCUCCGUCCAGGGCAGCAUCGUUUUCGAUGUCUCCAUCUCGGCUUAUGGUUACGAAUUUCUGAGGCGUACCGUUGACCCCUGCAGCAUCAACCUCGCUGGUCUGUGCCCCAUGACUGCUGGAAAGAUCACCAUGAACUUCAACCUCCCCGUCGGCGAGGACGCUGUCGGACAGAUUCCCGGCAUCGCCUACAACAUUCCCGAUCUCGACGCCACUGUCCGUGUCUUUGUCAACUUGACCGAUACCGACGAGAGUGUGGCUUGUGUCGAGGCCGACAUCUCAAACGGAAAGACUGUCGACUUGAUUGGAGUCAAAUGGGCCACCGCGAUCAUUGCCGGCCUGGGUUUGAUUUCCUCUGCCAUCAUUUCAGGUCUGGGUCACACCAACACUGCCGCCCACGUUGCUGCCAACACCCUGUCGCUCUUUGGCUACUUUCAGUCUCAGGCCAUCGUCGGCCUGACCGGUGUACACCUGCCUCCCAUUGUCCAAUCCUGGACUCAGGACUUCGUGUGGUCUAUGGGCAUCAUCCGCGUCCAAUUCAUGCAAGACAUCUUCACCUGGUACCAGCGGGCCACGGGUGGAACGCCGGCCACCCUCCUGAACUCUCUGACGACCACGUCUGUUCAAGUUGAGAAGCGUUCCCUGGAUUGGGCCGUUUCCGCCGCCAGGAUGGCCAGGCGCGGUAUCGAGGCAGGUGCUUCUGUUGUCGCCAAGAGAGCCAACAUCCAGCUGUCUUCCGGCAGCUACAUCGUCUUCGGUAUCCAACGAGUCGCCUUCCGAGCCAAGAUCGAAUCGACCAACCUCUUCAUGACCGGAUUGACCUUCUUCUGCAUCUUCGUCAUCUUUACCGUCCUUGGCGUCGCUGCCUUCAAGGGAUUUUGCGAGUUGGCAGUCCGACAGAAGUGGAUGAAGAGCGAGAAGUUCUUCGAGUUCCGCAACGGAUGGUUCACCGUCUUGAAGGGCAUCCUCUUCCGCAUGACUCUGAUUGGUUUCCCUCAGAUGACGAUCCUCUGCCUCUGGGAGUUCACUCAGGUCGACUCCGCCGCCGAGGUCGUCCUCGCCGUCUUCUUCCUCUUCGGCAUGGCUCUCACCCUUGGCUGGGCCUCCUUCAAGGUCAUUCGCAUCGCCCGCCGGUCUGUUGCCAUGCAUCGCAACCCGGCCUACAUCCUGUUCUCGGAUCCCCAGGCUCUGAACAAGUGGGGUUUCCUCUACGUUCAGUUCCGCGCAUCGGCCUACUACUUUAUUGUGCCUAUGCUUGGCUACACCGUUGUCAAGGGCAUGUUCGUCGCGUUCGCCCAGCGCAACGGAACCAUCCAGGCUAUUGCGUUUGUCAUCAUCGAGGCGGCGGCUCUCAUCGCUGCCAGCGUCCUCCGCCCCUGGAUGGACAAGAGCACCAACUCGUUCAACAUUGCCAUUUGCGUCAUGAACUUCCUCAACGCCAUCUUCCUACUCAUCUUCUCGGACGUCUUCGGCGCCCCGGCCUUGGUCAAUGGAAUCGUUGGUGUUGUGCUCUUCAUCGCCAACGCGGCCUUCGCUUUGAUUCUCCUGCUCCUCGUCAUCGUUAGCAGCACUUUGAUCUACUUCCGCAAGAAUCCGGAUGCUCGCUACCAGUUCAUGGCGGACGACCGCGCCUCGUUCAUGAAAUCGCAGACUCAGCUCAAUACGACGACGGAACUGGAUGCCCUGGCCGCCACCGCCCGAGGUGAUAAGGCGCACUACAACAAGGGACUUGACCUCGACGACGACAAUGACUCCAUCUCGUCCGAGUCCUUGCGUCGCCGCGCGGAUGCUUCGGGCGUUGGCGUGCCGCAGUCGGCAGCACAGUCUCAGCACUCUCUGCAGAGACCCGGCGGCCAGAACGGCCAGGCGCCCCAUUCUCCGGUGGAUCCCUCGAUGCCUCUGUUCCCGGCCGACAACCGCAACCCUUACGGACAGGCCCCGACAAGAACUCCUAGCCCGUACAACGGCUCUGCAUCCACACUCGCUGCCAAUGGCAACCCCAACCAGUUCAGGCAACAAAACAACGCCAGCCCCGCACAAUACAGAUCACAAAACAACGCUAGCCCUUGGCAGCGAGGUGCCGGUUAUGACCACUAG